CUGCCGUGGAAAACUCAUGUGCCUUUGUUUCAUCAGUCCAGAGUCGAGCAUUACUGCCACGGUUGCAACUGGACGUUACAUGGUGGGUUGAUGCUGUGGUGGUGGCGCAAGGGCGCUGAGAACGACGAGCAUGUUGAUGUCGGCAAGAGUGACGAGGCAUUGCCAGAAGGCUGUGAAGACGUCAAAGGCUUCAAAGACGUCGUUGCCAGAAGGAAGCAACUAGACGAGUUGGCUGCAGCACCAGCAGAUCAGAAAAACAGAUGA